UGUAGAUCAGGGCCUAUAAAUAGGAGGCAUGAAGCAGCACUGAUCACACUCAGCUACACAGAGAGCUGCCCAUCUCAGAGAUACAGACAUGGCACCGACAGUCACGGCAGCAGUGAUCUAUUCUCAGGAGCACCUCACUCUGGACAACAAGCUGAGGAAGCCGAUGGUGGAGAAGAUGCGCAGAGAUCGCAUCAACAGCAGCAUCGAGCAGCUCAAGUCUCUCCUGAGCCAAGAGUUUCUCAGUCAGCAUCCCGACUCCAAGCUGGAGAAAGCCGACAUCCUGGAAAUGACAGUUAAUUUCCUGAGACAGCAACGCCAUCACCAGCCAGUGAUCACCUCGUCCUGUGCAGCAGCUGAAAAUGAUGGCUUCUUCAAGUGUGUCCAAGAGAUUGUGGGUUUCCUGUCAAGGGAAGAUGUGAAGACACAGUCCCAGAUGAGACUCCUGAGGCACUUCCAAACCAUGCAGCCUUCCUCUGGUAAAAGCAGGGCUGACAGUGACUCGUCUUGCCAAAGUUCACCAGCUCGUCAUACAGCUAUUAAAGAGAAGACACCAGUCAACAGCGCCCUCUGGAGACCAUGGUGAACUCCAACAGACAGGAGCUCAGACAAACAGAACUGAACAUGUUGAUCUAUGAUGAGCAGUUGUUCUAAAAGUGUAGGAAGUUGUUUCUUCCCUUUCUCUGUAUGAAGGAGAUCUCUGGUACUAUUUUAUUAAGAUGUUGUAUUUUACAACUAUUGCAAAAGAGGGGUUAAAUAUUUUAAUUUCCCUGUGACAUUUAGGGCAUAGAUGAAUGAAUGGAAAUAUUUUGAUAUUGAAGAGUUUUCAUUUGAAUGGAGUUCAUUCCUGAUACUGGCAAAUUAAUUUUGCUUCUCAUUUCAUGAAAAAACUUUCAUGAAGAAAUCAGUAUUAUGUGCAUUGUUAAUGAUUUUAAGCCUACUUCUUACAUAUUGUAAGGUGAUGUCACAUGAAAAUGUUUAUGAGUAAGUGUAUAUCCACAAUUCUUUGUGUGGGAUUUUUAAAAUGAUUAUUGUAUAAUAGUUUGUGUUAUACUGACCAGUCAGAGUGACGUGUAUAUUACACUGGAGUUUUCAUCGUCUCAGUGUCUACUGAAAUUGUAGUGUGUAAACCACAUGUGAUAAAAUGUCUUUUAUAAAGACAUUUACUCAAUUGUGAGAGUAGUAAGACUGUCUUUGGAAUAUUUUCAAACUAUCAUUGUUCAUAUGUAUCUCACUGUGUGAGAAGUGAUUUCAGUUCCCUUCAGUGAAGGAGAUGUUAAUGUUUAUUUUUCAUUUCUCAAAAGAUGAUUUUAUUAAAAUAAAUAGUCCAUGUUA